AUGAUUAUUGAAGAAAAAAUACAAUUUAGGAAACAUUUUCGCGCCAUAAUUUAUUACAACUUCCAGAGACAAUUAUCGCAACAAGAAUGCCUUGCUGAGUUACUGUCGUCGACAAUUUCCCGUUGGCAUGGAGAAUUCAAACGUGGACGGGUGAGUCUUAGCGACGAUCCCUGGGAGGGUGCACCAAAAACGGCAGUCACCCAGGAAAACGUGGAUGCUGUGCGCAAACUCAUCAUUGAAGAUAGAGAUGUGACAUAUCGCGGGAAUGAGGCGUCCUUGAAGAUCUCAAAGACCUCAAUUCAAAAAAUUUUACAUGAAGAAUUAGGAGUAAGAAAAUUAGUUUCUCGUUGGAUACCUCACCUGUUGACUGAAGAGCAGAAAGCAGCCAGGGUUAAUUGGUGUCAAAAAACGCGUGACCAUUUCAAUUCCGGAAACUCAAAAAAUUCGGCUGAUUGGGUGUUCCAAGGUGAAGAAAAGCCAACAAAAGUCAUCCGUUCUCGAAGUGUUUCAAAAAAGAUGGUCGCGACAUUUGUGUCAAAAGCGGGUCAUAUUGCAACACUUCCUCUUAAUGAGCAAAGAACUCCAAAAAUCAUCACCGAGCUUCGAAAAAUCAACCCCGAAAGAAGAAUCAUCCUCCACCAAGACAAUGCAAGCUCGCACACAGCCCAAAAAACAAGGCAGUAUUUAACGGAAGAAAACGUGGAAUUAUUGGACCAUCCUCCAUAUAGUCCCGAUUUAAGUCCUAACAAUUUCUUUACUUUCCCGAAAAUUACAAACAGACUGCGUGAAGAAGCAGUUGACGCAUUCAAAAAUGCCGUUUUGGAUCUGCCAGCAAACGAGUGGAAUAAGUGCUUCGAAAAUUGGUUCGAGCGCAUGCAGAUCUGUAUUAAACAUUUUCGCGCUAUAAUUUAUUACAACAUUCAGAGACAAUUAUCGCAACAAGAAUGCCUUGCAGAGUUACUGUCUUCGACAAUUUCCCGUUGGUAUGGAGAAUUCAAACGUGGACGGGUGAGUGUUAGCGACGAUUCAGGGUGGAUGCACCAAAAUCGGCAGUCAUCAUUGAUGGAUAGACAUGUGACAGAUCGCGAGAUUGAGGUGUCCUUGAAGAUCUCAAUUCAAAAAAUUGUACAUGAAGAAUUAGGAGUAAGAAAAUUAGUUUCUCGUUGGAUACCCCACCUGACGGAAGAAAACGUGGAAUUAUUGGACCAUCCUCCAUAUAGUCCUAACGAUUUAUUUACUUUCCCGAAAAUUAAAAACAGACUGCGUGGUCAAAAGUUCCAGUCACCAGAAGAAGCAGUUGACGCAUUCAAAAAUGCCGUUUUGGAUCUGCCAGCAAACAAGUGGAAUAAGUGCUUCAAAAAUUGGUUCGAGCGCAUGCAGAUGUGUAUUAAUCUUCGAGGAGAAUACUUCGAAAAACAAUAA